CAGCACAUCGCAUAUCUGGCAGGCGUUGGAAUUUACACAGAGUUAGAGGAUUGGGGUGGGGGAGAUCUCCAGUGAAGCUGCCCUGAGGGAUGUGGCACCUCUUGAAAUUGUGGAAGAUGUGCACAUCCUGCUGAGACAAACCAAAAGUCGCCCCUUUAAAAGACUGAACAUUGGUGAGGCGGGAAGGUGCAGCGCAAAGCCUGGCCACUGGCAGACUGACAGAAAGAGAGAGCGAGAGAGCUGAUGCUGCCCCAAUGUUUGGCAGCGACGCUCCUCCAGCAGCAGCAGCUACAGCAGCAGUAACUUUAGGAAUGGCACCUGCAGAAAAAGCCAGGGCAUCGUGGCUUUGAGAAACCGGGCACUUGAAAAGCGGAUGGAAGUGCGUCCCCGGCUCUGGGUUGGAAAUGGUGAAGUGAAGCCUCGCCAGGCUGGCCAGCUGUCUGUGAUCUGCCAGCCCCGGGCACUAGCCCUAGCAUCAGCAACAACACCGCCGCCCCCUCAGCCCCUCGCCCCCUCUCCAGCCGGGGCAGCCUGAGUGCGGAGUGUGGGACAACCAAGGCACCAGCAAACCAGGGAGAAGAUGCCGUUCCACCCUGUGCACACCGGCCUCCUGUACAAAGGCAAUUACCUGAGCGGCUCACUGUCCGAUGGCAGCGAUAUCGAGCAGUUGGCUAACAUUUCUGAAGAGGAGCUAGAGGAAAUAAGAGAAGCCUUUCGAGUUUUGGAUCGUGAUGGCAAUGGUUUCAUUUCCAAGCAAGAACUGGGCAUGGCGAUGAGGUCCUUGGGUUAUAUGCCCAGUGAGGUGGAACUGGCGAUCAUCAUGCAACGGCUGGACAUGGAUGGUGAUGGGCAAGUGGACUUUGAUGAAUUCAUGACGAUACUCGGCCCUAAACUAUUGUCAUCUGAGGUGCGGGAAGGUUUUCAUGGCAGCACAAUAGACUCCAUAUUUUGGCAGCGAUCCUUACUUCUGUCUGCUGUCAAAGUUUUGGGAAUUCUGAUGGAUGCACCUUUCCCCAGCUAA